AUGCAAGAGGCGUUCCCCCAGGUGGAGGAAGGGCGAAGUUCAGUACGUAAUAUAGCAUGGACAAAACCUGAUGAGGGCUUUGUUAAGAUCAAUACGGACGGGGCGUCUAGAGGAAAUCCGGGUGUCGCAGCGGCAGGCGGGCUGAUACGUGAUAAUGCUGGGCAGUGGCUAGUGGGAUUCAUGGCACACCUUGGCAUUUGUUCGAACACUGUCGCGAAGCUUCAGGCUAUCAGAUAUCUCUUAGAGUUAGCUUGGAGGUAUGGCUAUAGAAGAGUUGUCUGCGAAGUUGAUGCACGAUUGGUGCUGGAUUUUGUUGCCACGGCAGAGACUGAUAUACACCCUUGUGGGAGAUUGAUUGAAGACAUCAGAGAGUUGCUGAAGAAAAGGAUGGGAAUGUCGCCUGCAACAUACGCUAAGGGAAGGGAAUUUUGUGGCUGA